GCCCCGACGGGCGGGCUCUGGUGGCUACGCCUGAGAGGAAGCUCCUCCUCCACCCGCCCAGCGACCCCAGUCUCUAGAGGAGUGCUCGGGCUCGGGAAACACUGCGGCUUGGGGUGGGCUGCUCGGGGAAUGGAUGACCUCGUGACCUAGCGUCCAACAGCGGGGAGGGCUGGCCGGCCCCGAGCGCGCUGGGACGGAGCCGCGGGAACAGCGGGCACACCCGGAACCGGCUGGUGGCCGAGUGCCCGCGCCGCCCGCCACCAUGAACGAGGAGGCCAUCUGCAGCGCCCUGCCCACCAUCCCGUACCGAAAGCUCGCUGACCUGUGCUACUUGAGCCGUGGCGCGUCCGGCACCGUGUCGUCCGCCCGCCACGCAGACUGGCGCAUCCAGGUGGCCGUAAAGCACUUGCACAUCCACACCCCACUGCUUGACAGUGAAAGAAAUGAUGUCUUAAGAGAAGCUGAAAUUUUACACAAAGCUAGAUUUAGUUACAUUCUUCCAAUUUUGGGAAUUUGCAAUGAGCCUGAAUUUUUGGGAAUAGUUACCGAAUAUAUGCCAAAUGGAUCAUUAAAUGAACUCCUACAUAGGAAAAAUGAAUAUCCUGAUGUUCCUUGGCCUUUGAGAUUUCGUAUUUUGCAUGAAAUUGCACUAGGUGUAAAUUACCUGCACAAUAUGAAUCCUCCUUUACUUCACCAUGACCUGAAGACUCAAAAUAUCUUAUUGGAUAAUGAAUUUCAUGUUAAGAUUGCAGAUUUUGGUUUAUCAAAAUGGCGUAUGAUGUCCCUCUCACAAUCACGAAGUAUUAAAUCUGCUCCAGAAGGAGGGACAAUUAUCUAUAUGCCACCUGAAAACUAUGAACCUGGACAAAAAUCAAGGGCUACUGUCAAGCAUGAUAUAUAUAGUUAUGCAGUUAUCACAUGGGAAGUCUUAUCCAGAAAACAGCCUUUUGAAGAAGUCACCAAUCCUUUGCAGAUUAUGUAUAGCGUGUCACAAGGACAUCGACCUGACACUAGCGAAGAAAGUUUGCCGUUUGAUAUACCUCAUCGAGCACUGAUGAUCUCUCUAAUAGAAAGUGGAUGGGCACAAAAUCCAGAUGAAAGACCAUCUUUCUUAAAAUGUUUAAUAGAACUUGAACCUGUUCUGAGAACAUUUGAAGAUAUAACUUUCCUUGAAGCUGUUAUUCAACUAAAGAAAACAAAGUUGCAAAGUGCUUUGAGUACUGUUCACUUAUGUGACAAGAAGAAAACAGAGUUAUAUCCGAACACAUCUGUAAAUCAUGGUUCACAAGAGGAAUCAUGUGGAUCUUCGCAGCUUCAUAAACCUAGUAAUUCUCCAGGAACCUCAAAGUCCCUGUCAGCUACUCAAGACAGUGACUUUUUAUCUAGAAAAACUCAAGACUUUUCCAUGCCACGUCAGUGUCCAGUAAAUCGCAGUUGGGACAGUAACAUUUCUGUGGCUCAAAGGGCAACAUUCUGUGAUCACAAGACCACCCCAUGCUCUUUAGCAAUAAUAAAUCCACUCUCAGCCGAAGGAAAUUCAGAGCGAUUUCAGCCUGGUAUAGCCCAACAGUGGAUCCAGAGUAAAAGGGAAGACAUUGUGAACCAGAUGACGGAAGCCUGUCUUAACCAAUCUCUGGAUGCCCUCCUGUCCAGGGAUUUGAUCAUGAAGGAGGACUAUGAACUCAUUAGUACCAAACCUACAAGGACCUCAAAAGUCAGACAAUUACUGGAUACCACUGACAUCCAAGGAGAAGAAUUUGCCAGAGUUAUAGUACAAAAGUUGAAAGAUAACAAGCAAAUGGGACUCCAGCCUUACCCAGAAAUACUUGUGGUUUCUCGACCACCAUCUUUAAAUUUAUUUUAGAAUAAAACCUUAUAAAUAACUCUUUCUCAAGAAGAAAAGUCAGUUUGUAAAAGGGUGUUUUAUAUAUCUUUUGCUCUGAUAGUGUUUUUAUGAGAUCCAUCUGAGUAUUAGAUAUUUUAAUGAAGUUUCUUCAGAUAAAUAUUAGUCUCCUUCCAUGAUAUUACAGUAUUUUUUUUUAAUUAAUAACAGUGGAAAGUUUAUAUUUUGCUACAUAGUUCAAUUUUUUUGUCUCUGGUUAAUUGAAAUUAUUUUUUCAAUGUACUAAUUAUAUUUUUCUUGUACAUAACAAUGUCUUCAGGUUUCAUGUGUUUCUCAUGGAAACCAUUUUCAUAUUCACUUUCUUUGUGGAUUAUUUAUUGCUUGUCUAAGUGUGCAUGGUUUUUUUUAAGUGUACCCUUUAGAUUUAAAUCAGAGAUAUUACAGCAUUCCUACCCUACAGUCCCAUGUUUCUGUCCUCUCCAAAGGUUAUUCAUUAAACCCUGCUACCUACAUUACACUUUUAAA